AAAUCAAGUGCUUGAAAUGUUUGAUCAUGCAUACAGCAAUUACAUGGAACACGCGUACCCAGCGGAUGAGCUGAUGCCUUUGACGUGUCGAGGACGAGUGCGGGGUCAGGAGCCAAGUCGAGGGGACGUGGACGAUGCCUUGGGAAAGUUUUCACUGACCUUGAUCGAUACCUUGGACACGCUGGUGGUGUUAAAUAAAACCAAAGAGUUUGAGGAGGCUGUAAGAAAAGUAAUAAAGGAUGUUAACUUAGAUAAUGACAUAGUUGUAUCUGUCUUUGAAACCAACAUAAGAGUCCUUGGAGGCCUCCUGGGUGGGCAUUCAGUGGCAAUUAUGCUGAAGGAGAAGGGUGAACACAUGCAGUGGUACAACGGUGAGCUCCUGCACAUGGCCAAGGAACUGGGCUACAAGCUUCUGCCUGCCUUUAACACCACUAGUGGUCUCCCUUAUCCAAGAGUUAACUUAAAAUUUGGUGUGAGACACCCAGAGGCACGAACAGGGACGGAGACUGAUACCUGUACAGCUUGUGCUGGUACCUUGAUCCUUGAGUUUGCAGCUUUGAGCAGAUUCACAGGAACAUCUAUAUUUGAGGAAUAUGCCAGGAAAGCCCUGGAUUUUAUCUGGGAGAAGAGGCAACGCAGCAGCAACUUAGUGGGUGUCACUAUUAACAUUCACACUGGAGACUGGGUCAGAAAAGAUAGUGGAGUUGGAGCAGGAAUAGACUCCUAUUAUGAAUAUUUAUUAAAAGCCUAUGUCUUGCUGGGAGAUGACAGCUUCCUGGAAAGAUUUAACACGCACUACGAUGCCAUAAUGAGGUACAUCAGCCAACCACCUCUUCUUCUUGAUGUUCACAUCCAUAAACCAAUGCUGAAUGCUCGGACCUGGAUGGAUUCCUUGCUGGCUUUCUUCCCUGGAUUGCAGGUGCUGAAGGGUGACAUCAGACCUGCCAUUGAAACUCAUGAGAUGCUCUAUCAGGUCAUAAAAAAGCAUAACUUUCUUCCAGAGGCAUUCACAACAGACUUCAGAGUCCACUGGGCUCAGCAUCCUCUAAGGCCUGAAUUUGCUGAAAGCACUUACUUCUUGUAUAAGGCCACUGGAGAUCCUUACUACCUAGAAGUAGGAAAAACACUCAUUGAAAACCUGAACAAGUAUGCCAGAGUUCCUUGUGGGUUUGCUGCAAUGAAGGAUGUUCGUACAGGAAGUCAUGAAGACAGAAUGGACUCAUUCUUCCUGGCUGAGAUGUUUAAAUACCUUUACCUGCUGUUUGCUGAUAAGGAAGAUAUGAUUUUUGACAUAGAAGAUUAUAUCUUCACUACAGAAGCUCAUCUACUGCCACUUUGGCUUUCCACUACAAACCAAACCAUCUCUAAGAAAAACACAACCACAGAGUACACAGAGCUGGAUGACAGCAACUUUGACUGGACCUGUCCCAACACUCAGAUUCUCUUCCCAAAUGACCCAAUGUUUGCCCAGAGUAUCCGUGAGCCUCUGAAGAAUGUGGUGGAUAAGAGCUGUCCCAGGGGCAUCUCCAGGGCAGAAGACAGUCUGGGAAGUGGACCAAAACCACCCUUGAGAGCCAGAGAUUUCAUGGCCAGUAACCCUGAGCACUUGGAGAUCCUGAAGAAGAUGGGAGUCAGUUUGAUUCAUCUGAAAGAUGGAAGAGUACAACUGGUGCAACAUGCAGUGCAGGCAGCAAGUUCCCUGGAUGCUGAGGAUGGGCUGAGGUUCAUGCAGGAGAUGAUCGAGCUCUCCAGUCAGCAGCAGAAGGAGCAGCAGUUACCUCCUCGUGCUGUGCAGAUUGUUUCCCAUCCCUUCUUUGGCAGGGUGGUCUUGACUGCUGGACCAGCUCAGUUUGGGAUGGACUUGUCCAAGCACAAAGCAGGGACAAGAGGAUUUGUGGCAACCAUUAAGCCAUAUAAUGGGUGCUCAGAGAUCACUAAUCCUGAGGCAGUGAAAGAGAAAAUUGCUCUGAUGCAGAGGGGGCAGUGCAUGUUUGCUGAAAAGGCAAGGAACAUCCAGAAAGCUGGAGCCAUCGGAGGCAUUGUCAUCG